AUGAUUGCAUUACAGGCAGUGCCCAUUGCUCAUUACACGCAGAAUGAGACGGCAUUUUUUGAAAGGAAACAUAAAGUCGGAGAAGCUUUGUCAUUUGAUCGAAACCAAGACGAAUUUAAACCACCAAUUUUGUUACCACCAAAAGAUUUGGUAGCAAAAUUAGCCGAGAAAGCACGACAUAUACGGAAAGGUGAAGAAGCUGACAAACAUCCAGACGAUCGAGAAAAAACUGACGAGUAUGUGAAUGAGUUACCUGAUCCAAAUGAGAAAGAUUAUAAGGAGAUUCGAUGA